GCAGCCAGCAGCUGGGGGGGUGGAGGUGAGAGGAGCACGUGAGGGGGCAGGGGGUUGUUUCCCCCCCACCAGCCCUUGGGCUCUGAUUCCCCCCCAGCCUGGCUCUGAGCUGGGGCCCGGCUGGCCAUGGCCUUUGCCGACGCCGUCUUGCCCUCCAUCAGCAGCCUGGCUGGCUUCUGCCACUUCCAGGAGAAGCAGUCGGAGAUCCUCAAGUGGUGGAAGGUGGAAGAAGCCCUGGACCCCCCAGCGCCCGGCCCCACGGACCUGCCCCAGCCCCACAGCUCCCCGCAGCUCAAACAAGAGGCUGAGGACUCCUGCUGGGACCUGGACUUCCUGCUCAGCAACUUCCCCAGCACAGAGGCCGGUGGCCCCGGCCCAGGCGGGGGGUUCGAGGCGGGGCCCGGGCUGUGCCAGCCGGAGGCCUACAAGGGGCAGAGCCCGGGCGGGUACCCAUCGGGGGCUGGGCUCCCGGGCCCCACCAGCCUGGUAGCUGAGCUCCUGUCAGGGAACGAGCCCCUGGGAAAGGGGGGAGCGGGCACCUUUGCGGGGCAUCUGCUGGCGUAUCCCUCCAGGCUAGACUGUGAGGCCCCGCCCCCCGGCGGGUACGGGGAGCCCCAGCCCGUGGCCCUGCGGCAUGGCUACCAGCUGACGUACGGAGGCUACGCCCCGCUGGCCCCCACCCUGCUGGCCCGGGGUGCCCCCUACUGCCAGCUGCCGCAGCCGCCCCCCUACGGCCUGGGGGGCGGCUACCAGGCCUUCUGUCACAGCCAGUACCAAGCCCGGGUCCAGCUGUACCGGGGCAGCCCAACUCUGCCCUCCCUGGCGCCCGCGGGCUACCUCGGCCUCCUGGCACCGCCCGUCCCGCCGCCCGGGGAGCUCCCAGCCAAGCCCAAGAGGAGCCGCAAGGGCUGGGGCCACAAGCGCCCCACCAGCCACACCUGCAGCCACCCCAGCUGCGGCAAGACCUACACUAAGAGCUCCCACCUCAAGGCCCAUCUCCGCACCCACACAGGCGAGAAGCCAUAUCACUGCACCUGGGAGGGCUGCGGCUGGAAGUUCGCCCGCUCGGACGAGCUGACGCGCCACUACCGCAAGCACACGGGGCAGCGCCCGUUCCAGUGCCAGCUGUGCCAGCGUGCCUUCUCCCGCUCCGACCACCUGGCCCUGCACAUGAAGAGACACAUGUAGUGACUGCGCCCAGCUCUGCCUGCACCACGGACUGGAGCGGCCGCGCCACCAGCGUAGCCCCGGGCACGGGCCUGUGACUGCCACGGAUGCUCAGGGCCAGAGGGGCACUGGCCAGCAGCAGAAUUGGGGUGUGGGGGGGUUAAGGCUUCUCCUGGGGGAAUGGACCUGGGGGGUUGUCUGCCCCCCCCCUCUGAGGGCACCAGGGUGAUUUGGGGGCUGGUAGUUCCCCGGUUGGGGGGGGCAGGGGAUGUACAAACUCAGCUUGAGGGAGGUAUUGUGCUGAUCCAUUGUGUGUGUUGGGGGGAGAUUGGUUGAUCCUGGAUCUCCCCACUUCAGCAGCCCCCCCACUUCUUUGUCCAGUGCCAGCUGCUUCCUUGCAGUGGGGAACCCCUCCCCUCCUGGGGGUGCCUAGAACCCCUCCCUCAGGGAUCUGUCCUGCCUGAUGGUACCUGCAACUCACCCCCCUCAGAACCUGGCCUCUCAUGAGCAAUGCCUAGAACCCAACCUGCCUGCUCUAGGGGCACCUAGAACCCGACCCUCUGGAGAUCCCUCCUUAAAACCCCACCCCUAGGGGGUCCCCUCUUGCAGGUGCCCCAUAGUGGCAAUGAGCCCUUUAAGCAACUCAGGCUUUAUAAACUGCAAGAGGUGGGAGUCCAGCCUCUUUCCCCCGUAGGGGGCGCUGGCUUUGCUCUGGCCCUGGGGCAGGGAACUGGCUGGCUCGGGGGUGGGGACUGGGCCAUGAGGCCUUUCCCUGCUCGGGGGCGCCGCCUCUGACUUACUUUGAUCAUUAAAGAACCAGAUGUAAUUUCCAGCUCCAUGAAAUGAGUUUGUGGGUCUCAGGCCCAUUCCUAUGAGCCUCCUGC